AUGCCCUUCGGUCUUAAGAACGCACCACAGAUCUACCAGCGGCUGUUGGAUAACGCACUGUAUGGAUUCUUACGGACCCCUCCAACCACGGGUCAUCGAUCCGAGAUGGAUAUGUUCCAAGUCGGCCAUCCCGAAGAUCGGGGACAACCGUCCGUGCUUGGACGUCGAUCCUACAUCGACGACAUCUUCGUAGCCGCGGGAUCCUGGGAUCACCUGUGUGAACGUGUGACGCUACUGUUGGAGGCCUGCAACAAAUGGAAUUUGUCGAUAAGUGUGGAGAAAAGCUUUUGGGGUUUGCGCAAGGUCGACUACCUUGGACACAGAGUCUCGGAUGAAGGACUGGAGGCACACCCGAAGAAUCUUAAGGUGUUGACGCACCUCCCCUUCUCAAAGUCACUUCGAGCGAUGCAACCAUUCCUCGGCAGUCUGAAUUACUACAGUCGGUUUGUUGAAGACAUGGCGAUAUAUGCGUCGGUGCUGUAUGAGUUAAGAGAGGUGGACUUUGCAGAAACAAGGGACAGUGGUCGGAUCCAAGGUUGCGGGAAACAACAUACGCUGGAGGCAGCCAAGGAUCCAUCGGAUCCGGGCCCGAGACAGUGCGCAGGGGCAGCAGGUCCAGACGAUUCUAAGGGUUCGGACCGGGAGUCGACAGAUCCUGAAGAAAUGGGGAUCGGACCCAAGAGGAUCCGCGCAGAAGAAGCUUUCGCAACGCUGAAAGCCAAUAUCGCGACUACGCCGAUCCUCCAACACUUUGAUCCAAGUAAGCAACCGGAGGUGUUUGUUUAUGCAAACGAGUGGGAUAUAUCAGCUUCUUUUAUGCAGGAUCACGACGGCACUUACAUGCCGGUGAUGUUCACUAGUCGAACGUUGAAGCAAAAUGAGCUGAAUUACGGUGUCGUGGAGAAAGAAGUGCUAGCGUUGCUACGUAUGUUGGAUCUGGGAUACUCUAUGUCGAUUGGCAAAGCGAUCAAGGUACUGACGCGCCAUUCGACGUUAGCUUCGUUGUUCAAGUCGGCCGGAUUGGAAGGGCAACUCAGCCAAUGGGCUGCCCUACUGUCACCUUGGUCGAUUGAAGUGACGAGGUGUUCUAAAGGCGAAGACGAGAUCCUAGGGGCGUUGGCCGCCAAUCAAGCCCUGGCUGCUAUUGUGCCAAGGAAGGAACCUAGGAGAGCAAUCACGGCUCCAGUGCCUACGGUCCGUGCCGACGAAAAACGGCUUGUAGCGAGCUUCGACGGAUCCGCCCGUGUGAAGAGGGGUGGAGGAGUCUGUAGUGCAGUGAUCUGGAAGUUACCCGAGUGGACGGUGGUCAAAGGCGUCUCACGCUACGCUGACCAUCUGACGGGGCGGAUCGUCAUUUGUGGUGAAUCCAACCUGGUGAUCCGCCAGAUGCGAGGUGAAAUAGACUGCAAGGCGCCAAGCCUGACGGUAUUGCCCCAGAAGGCGCAAAGUCGCCUCCGCGAGUGGCCAGUGCACGAUCUUGUGCAGGUCAAGCGGGAAUGGAACGCAAGCGCCGACGGUCUGGCCAGUGCAGUCCUGCAGCGAGAAAGCGGAGUCCGAGUGAAGGGCCAAUCGGAUCUGGAAGAUCUGAUCACCUUGAAUAGGCUGGACGAGAUCCUGAUCCCUGUUUCAUACGCAACUACAGCUCAGAUCAACGCGGUGACUAGGCGCUCUAAGAAAAGGGUCCAGAAGCCAACCAUGCUAGACUCAGAAGUGGUGCAACAGCUACAGGAUCAUACCCGAAAAGAAGUCAAGACCGCUGGCAACAUCGCCGCCCAUUUUGAGACGGAAGACAAGGAUCUGCUGUACUAUUGUGCUCCAUCAGACAAGACAGAAGCGGAAAUAGACGGGCUGCUCUGA